AUGCCUCCAAAAGCAGCCCCUCCUGAAAGGGAGUUUGUUCAUCCCGAAGCUGGCCAUGCACGAAAGAAGCCCCCCAGCGCUUUCGCGAUACAGCCCAUCACGGCUUUCUACUGCUUCCUGACGGCCAACAUCGUCUCCGCCCUCUUCGCUCCGAUUCAAGACUGCGAUGAAACAUUCAACUACUAUGAGCCGACUCAUUAUUUGUCCCAUGGCUAUGGCCUUCAGACUUGGGAAUACUCCCCCACCUACGCGAUCCGCAGCUGGCUCUACAUUGGACUGCAUGCCAUUGUUGGAAAUAUCCGCCGCUUGAUGCCACAGUCCACCAAGGCAAGUGACCCGGCCACCCGAGUCGGCGAGUUCUACUUCAUUCGCUAUGUCCUUGCCUUCGGUUGCGCUUUGUGCCAGACUCUUCUUUUCCGCGUUGUCAGCCUUACUCUCAAUGCGCGCAUCGGCCUCUUUUUCAUCAUGGCCACCGUCUUCAGCCCCGGCAAUUUCCAUGCAAGCACCGCCUUCCUGCCCUCCAGCUUCGCCAUGUACAUGGGCAUGCUCGGCGCCGCGUCCUUCAUGAACUGGCGCGGUGGCCUCAAGACCGCCCAUGGCAUCUUCUGGUUUGCCGUGGGAGGUGUUGUGGGAUGGCCCUUCGCAGUCGCCCUCUCUGCGCCUUUCCUCGUCGAGGAGGCUUUGUUUGCCGUUCUGAGCGACAAAGACCGCUUUAUCGAGGCCAUCCUCCGUGUCGCCAGGGGUGUCACUGCUGGGCUUAUUGUUCUCUUCUUCGACGGCUGCAUAAACACCUUUUUCUACAAAAAGAUCGAGGUCGCAGCCUGGAAUAUCGUCAAGUACAACAUCUUCUCGGAGACUGGCGGCCCUGAACUCUACGGCACCGAGCCUUGGUCCUUCUACUUCCGCAACCUGGCCCUGAACUUCAACAUCUGGUUCGUGCUGGCUCUGUUGUCUCUGCCCCUGUUCCUCCUGCAAAAGAUUGUCUCUCCUUCCGGUCAUGGUUUUCAAACCGGCCUUCGCGCACUGGUCUUCAUCUCGCCCUUCUAUCUCUGGCUCGGCAUCUUCACUCUGCAGCCGCACAAAGAAGAGCGCUUCAUGUACCCGGCCUACCCUUUUCUGGCACUGAACGCGGCCAUGUCUCUGCACAUUCUUCUCACCGCGUUCGGCAACUCUGAUCCAAAGACUCUCAUUGGCAAGAUCCCCGCCAAGCUCAAGCUGUCUUUGGUCACUCUUGUACUUCUUUUGUCUUUUGACAUCAGCUUGUCUCGCGUUUACGGCAUUUGGUCUGCCUAUUCCGCCCCACUGACACUGUACAAACCACUGGGAGCUGGUGUCAGUGGACAGCAGGGUCUCGGUGUACGUGGCGACACUGUGUGUUUCGGCAAAGAAUGGUACCGCUUCCCGUCAUCCUACUUCCUGCCCCGAGAUAUGCACGCCAAGUUUGUCCGCUCCGAGUUCCGCGGGCUGCUUCCGGGAGAAUUCUCCGAGGCCAGGACAGGUUUUGGUUUCUGGAGCGGUACAUGGCUUCCUACCAACGGACUCAACGACAGAAACGAGGAAGAUAUGGGCAAGUACGUCGACCAGCGAGCCUGCGGGUUCCUGGUAGACACACAGUACCCAGAGCGGAAUGAUGCCCUUCCCCCGAAUGAGCCGGACUACGUCGCAGACAAGGAGCACUGGGAAGUCGUCAAAUGUGUCCCCUUCAUGGAUGCGGAAAAGACGCACUUCUUGGCCAGGGCUUUAUGGGUGCCCGAUUUGCCCUUCAUCCCGGAGAAGUUCCAGAGGAAAUGGGGACGUCACUGCCUCCUGAAGCGCAAGAAGUAG